GCAGUUGAAACGGUUGAAGAGUGAAGCCCAACAGGCAGAGCCCCCAGCUCAGCUGCGUCCAUUGACGAGGUCCUCUCAGCUUCUUCGUUGAGACAUCUUUGUCGUUCGUCUGCUUUCUUUUGUCGCUCUUCCCACUUCGUUGUUUCUCUUGUUGCCCAGUGUUGAUCCCUCUUCUUCUCUCUCUCUCUCUUCUCUUUGGACCUUGCUGUCGUUUAUAUGGCGGUUUUUUAUGCUCUACAAUGGCCAUUAUUCUAUCCUCGUCAUUUCCCAGAGAUUCCACCACAUUUGGACCCCCAUUUGGAGUUUCAAGAGCUUACAGGCGGAUCGUGUUGGAAAGGGGUCAUUUCCGUAUUGGGGUUUUGAUGCCUUCUAGGUGUUCGAUGAAAUUCCCCUUCUAAGACACGCAGACGUUAUCGGUUCUCAUUAACAGCUGACACUUUAUCCUUCUGGGUGCAGAGGAUAUCACUCAAGACUCAAUGGCUUCAUCACUGAAGGACCUUCUUGCUGAAGAAGGUUUUAGAGCAAGAAGAUCGUUAAGGAAGUCUAAAGGACCCUUCAAAUCACACGCCACAAACACGUCGAACGAUCAUUGCCAAAAAUCAAGAAACUCGGUUUCUGAUUUGGGUGGUCAAGUUAGAUCCCUUAUGAGGCCUUCUCUACACCGUCAUAGCUUUAGUGGAGAUAAUUUUACAAACAGAGACAAGAUGGAUAAAAAGUUGAGUAACGAAUAUGUGGAGAUACUUGAUGGAAAAAGACAUGGCGAAGUAAUAGAACAGAUGCCAUGGCCUAUAAAUUUAGCCAAGGAUAAACCACAAAGAGGAGAUAAUAUUAUUUCUGAAGAAGAAAAUGAGAACUUCAAGGACCUAUAUUCUAAUGAAAAGCAUAUCCGACAUGGAGUAAAAGGUGAAGCUAAAGAAAAGAAGCAAUAUGAAGAGAGUUGGUCAGGGAAGGACAUAAAUGCAGAGAUAAGGCAAAGAAACAGUUUGAAGAUAAAUGGAUUUGGGCGUACAAAUUUUCAACAUAGUAAUUCUGCAAAGUUUCCAGAGAGACCUUACCAUAAAUCCAACGGCAGUGCAAGCAAUCGGAAAAGCUUUGAAGUUAAUCACAGUCAAGCACAGGACAGUUUUGUAGAUUCGGUUAAAAUUCCUGCUUUAGAUGUAGCUGCUAUCCAAGCCGUGAUUUCUAUCAUUAAUGGAUAUCUUAAAUACUUUUUCAAAGACAAGGAUUUCCGCUCGACGCUUCGGCACAAUAGUUUCAGUUUACUGAAUUUAUUUGGAGUUGAAGGACGUAAGAGUUCCAAAGUUGUUACCAGCCUUGAACAAGCAAUUGACGUAGUAGAAAAAGCUGCUGAAGGACUGUCAACUGAAAAGGAUUUAAAGAGAGCAUUAUGGCAGCUAAGUAUGAUAGCAGGUCUGAAUACGAACGCUCUAAAGGAUGGCUUUACAUCUGAAAUAUCUAAUUCAAAAUUAUCCGCUCUGGCCCAUCUCUAUCUCGGUCUAAUAUUCAAGAAACAAAAGAAAGAAAAUAGUUCAGCCAAACAUAUUUUACAAGUAUUUUUCGGUAUACCUUAUCAAGCACGAAUCAUAUUGUUUCCAGAACUAUGGGAUUAUCUGUUUCUUCCACAUCUUUCACACAUAAAAUCUUGGUAUGACCACGAAGUUGAUUCACUAGUUGAUACUUCAGACCAGUCAAGCAACCAUAAACUUCUUGUUAAAGUGUAUAACGAAACCCUGGAUUCUGGUACUUGCGAAUUUGCAGUUUACUACAAGGACUGGCUGACUGGAAUUGAAGCUCCUGCACCUUCCAUUGUGGUCCCAUCUGUAUCUUUUGAGGGAGUUGAUCAGGGAAGUCCUCUUAAUAAUUCUACUGCAACGACUCUUCCUAAUGAUUUUGUCUCAUCUAAUCUGAUGGUCAGUAAAAAACUAUAUGAUGCUAUGUUUGCCUCCUCAAGAGCUCCAGGAGCUCCGGACACUGAAAGUGAAUGGGAGUCAGAGAAUCUCGACAACUGUGUCAGAAGCUCUAACAGUUCCAGUUUUUCAAAACAUACACAGAUAUACUACUCUGACACGGUUAAAGACUUGGAUCAAGCUACGGAUGAGGAUUCUUUGGGAAGUACGGCAGAGAACACAGCACUUUUUGAAAAUUGUAAAGCCCAGGAAUGGAAGAUGUAUAAUAUCAAUAUUCUAUCAGAAAUGGAUAAUAGUGAUGAAUUCUGCAGUUCUACGGCAUUGAAAAAGAAUGACAUCGACUUUGAAGUGAUGCAUGCCCAGCCAUAUACAAAAGAAAGCAACUAUAGUCGGCAAAAGCUUGCACAACCCUGCUUUGAACCUAUCAAGGUUAAGCCCUCUGUAAGAGAGCCGUCUGACAGUUAUGAGUCCUCUGAUGAAAGAUCCUUUUUCUUGAGCAUUCCUAAAGACUUCAUCUGCCCUCUAACUGGGCAGUUAUAUGAAGAUCCUGUGACCCUGGAGACUGGUCAAAGUUUUGAGAAGACGGCUAUCAAGGCAUGGCUCGAUCAAGGACACAGAACUUGUCCUGUAACAGGAAAGAAAUUGGAAACUCUAGCCGUGCCUCUUACAAAUUUUGUUUUGAAACGUGUCAUUAAGAAUUGGAAUUCUUAUCGUCGUGCAAAUCUCCUGGCCUUUCUUUCUCAGAGAUUGAAUAGCUCUGGAAAAUCUAUGACUGAAGACAAGAGUGAAAUGACUAUUUUUAUGUUAGAGCAGUUUUUAACUGCUUGUGGCAAUGUGGAAGCAGCGGAGAAUGCCAAAUAUCUUAUUGGUCAUGGAUACUUGGGGUUUCUUAUUCAACUGUUUGAAUCGGGAAAUCUGGAAGAGAAGACAUCUAGUUUGGCACUCUUAUCUCGCUGUAUUGAAGCAGAUGGACAAUGCAGAUAUCAGAUAGCUAACGAAAUUAGUAAAAGUUCUCUUGUCAAUCUACUUCAUAGCAAGCACGUUAGGUCAUUAGAAAGUGUCAUGCAGCUUCUGACCAAAUUAUUUUUCCUCAAGAGGAGAAAAGAUGUUACUUUAUUUUUAAGUAGCUUGCUGAAUGAAGAUUCAGAGGAUACUUUGCAUGCUGUCCUUGUAUACCUCCGUAGUUCUCCACCCGAGCAAAGACCACUUGUUGCUGUACUUCUGAUGCACUUUAAUCUAGUGGUAGAAUCUCUGCAGCACAACAUGUAUAUGGAAGAAGCUGUUGAUGCCAUUAUCAAAGCCCUUGAUGACAGCUUAACUAAUGAGAGGAUCCGAGAAAGCUGUUGCAGAGCAAUUUUAACUUUGGGGGGGCACUCUUCUUUGCCUGAGAAGUUUGGGAGUUCAAAGCUAAACAAAGCAGGAUUCAUCAACCCUGACCAUAAAGAAGAGCAUCCAGAAACGGACAGCAAUAUUUCAUCGGAUGAUGAAAAGCAGGAAAUUGAAGAAUGGCGGAGGAACUUGAGUUUAUCCUUGAUGAAAAGUGUGAAGCAAUCAUUUUUUGUGGUCAUUUCCAAAUGUCUGACUGCUGGAAGCCUUGAUUUAGUGGGUGUGGGACUUUCCACUUUGACAUGGUUGAGUUCUUCCCUUCCUCUUCUUUCUGCACCUAAGUUUCAUCCCUCAGCCUUAACAAAUCUGAUCUGUCUGCUUAAAGAUAACUUACAAAACAGUAUGAUAGUUGAACACAAGAUUCUUGCUUCAACUUGUCUGCUCAAUCUCAGCAAAAUUCCAGAAUGCAGGUUACUCGUGAUUGCUAUGCGCAAAGAGAUUGAAGAUCCUCUUAGAAGCAUUGGUGAAAUCUCACAGACUGCUAAGCAACUUUAUGGUAUUGUUACUAGAAGAGGAGAUAUUUGAAUGGAGGAAAAGAAGAUAGAGAAGAGUUCUGAGUAUUAACCUUUCUUUUUGAACAUCAUUAUAGAUACCACUUCUAUGAAACACUGCACAUCUUCUAAGGUUUGAAUAUGAGAAGGGAAAAAGGGAUUACUAGGAAAUUAAUAGUAUCUCUCUUCAAAUCUGUACAAACAGGUUUCGUUUUCUUUUUCUGUGUGGAACAAUUUGAAAUUGUUUUCGUUUGGGAAUGAUUUAGUGUAUGUAAUGAUAGAAUGUAUAUUUAAAUAGGGCGUUCCAUUUUAAGCUCCGUUCAACUAUUGUAGAUUUGGUUAUA